UUAACAAAUAAAUCGACAGUGAAAUCAAAGACUGCGGAAGAGAGCACGACAAUGAAGGGCGCUCUCGUAGCAGGCUGUGUGGUGCUGCUCAUAGCUCUGAGCGCAGCCAGAGACCUGCGGGAGAGCGGGGCCGACCUCGAGACUGCAGCCUCCCACCAUGAGAAGGGCGGCGGCAAAGAGCACCACAGCCACCACCACCAUCACCACGGCGGCAAGGGACACAAGGGCUACCACGGACACCACCACCACGAACACGGUAGCAAGGGCCACCACGACCACGGCGGACACAAGGGACACCAUGACGAACACCACGGACACAAAAAACACCACCAUCACGACGAGGGCCAUCACCAUCAUCAUCACCAUGGCGAAAAAGGUGAAAAGGGACACGGCUUCGAAGAAAAGGGUCAUUACCACAAGGGGCAUUCGACCAAAGGUCAUCACGGAGUGCAUAAAGUAGACGAAUUUAAGAAAGACAAGCACUUCCAUGACAAAUGGGGAGAAGGGGGCUACGAGGAAGGCCACGGGGGACAUCAUCACGAACAUGGGCACAAGAAGGGCGGGCACUUCCACCACGGACAUAAAAAGGGCGGCCACCAUGAGCACCACCACGGCCACAAAGGACACCACGAGAAGGGCGGACAUCACCAUGAACACAAGGGACACCACGAUGAGGGCGGCCAUCACGAGCAUCAUCAUCAUCAUCAUGACCACGGCAAGAAGGGAGGCCAUGAAGACCACAAACAUUGGGGAUACAAGAAAGGCCACUAAUGGAUUAGAGUUUACAUAAGGAAAUUUAGCUUAAGUUUCUGCUAUGUAUAUAGUUUGACCAAAUAUUUGUUAUAUUAGAAUAAAAUUUUGUAAAUA